GAGAGUCACAGAGGACACACAGAGGACUGGAGAAGAAGACAGAGCUCAGGCUGAAGCAGAUUACAGCAGUCAGCAGGACAGGUGGUGGUCGGUGUCGGUAUCUGACCGGAGGAGAAGAACCGUGAAUAACAACAACUGACCAUGAAGAACGAAGGUAUCGAGGGCACGGAGCGGUUCCUGAGCCCGGGCAGCGGCAGAGGCCUGCGGGCGGUGAGCAGCUUCAGUGAGGGAGAGCUGGUGUUCGCCUGUCCAGCCUACUCCUACGUGUUGACGGUGAAUGAGAGAGGAGCGCACUGUGAGCACUGCUUCUCCAGGAGAGAAGACCUUUUUAAGUGUGGCAAAUGUAAGCAGGCCUACUACUGCAAUAUUGACUGUCAGAGAGGCGAUUGGCCCAUGCAUAAGCUAGAGUGUGUAGCUAUGUGUGCCUAUGGGGAAAACUGGUGUCCAUCAGAGACCGUCAGACUGGUGGCUCGAAUCAUCAUGAAACAGAGAGUCACAACAGAGCGCACCCCUUCAGAAAGGCUGCUACUGCUCCAAGAGUUUGAAUCCCAUUUAGAUAAGAUGGACAGUGAGAAGGACGAGCUGAACCAGACAGACAUCGCAGCGCUGCACCACUUCUACUCCAAACACAUCAGUAACCUUCCUGACGAACAGGCUCUCACUGAGCUAUUCGCACAGGUUAACUGUAAUGGUUUCACCAUAGAGGAUGAGGAGCUCUCCCAUCUGGGAUCAGCUGUUUUUCCUGAUGUAGCACUGAUGAAUCACAGCUGUAGUCCUAAUGUCAUAGUGACCUAUAAAGGCACAGUGGCAGAGGUCAGAGCCGUCCAGGAGAUAAACCCUGGAGAUGAGGUCUUUAACAGCUACAUAGACCUGCUCUAUCCAACAGAGGACAGGAAAGAGAGGUUGUUAGAUUCCUACUUCUUCACAUGCCAGUGUACUGAGUGCACCUCCAAGUCUAAGGACAAAGAAAAAAUGGAGAUCAGGAAGCUGAGUUCUUCACCAGAGCCAGAGGAAAUACGAUCCAUGGUCCAUUACGCCAAGAACGUCAUCGAGGAGUUCAGGAAGGCCAAACACUACAAGACCCCCAGUGAGCUGCUGGAGAUAUGUGAGCUCAGCCAGGAGAAGAUGGGAGCUAUAUUUGCAGACACCAACGUCUACAUGCUGCACAUGAUGUAUCAGGCCAUGGGUGUCUGUCUCUACAUGCAGGACUGGGACGGAGCUAUGAACUACGGAGAGAAGAUCAUCCAGCCGUACAGUGUUCACUACCCAGCCUACUCUCUGAACGUUGCGUCUAUGUAUCUGAAACUGGGACGUCUGUAUUUGGGGCUGGAGAAGAAGGCACAAGGAAUCAAAGCUCUGAAGAAGGCUGUUGCCAUCAUGGAGGUGGCUCAUGGGAAGGAUCACUUUUAUGUAGCAGAAGUCAAACGAGAAAUCGAGGAGCAUAAAUAAACGAGGUGCAGCAGGAGGAGCAAAAAGAUUAAAGAGGGAGGCACUGGAUAGAGGAACCUCUCUUAAAGCAACAACAAAAAUACACAUCACAGCUGCAUGCCAUGCAUCUUAUAGCUCUCCGUUUUUCGUCGCACACUUUGUUUUUCAUGCCUCUUUGUAGGCAGAGUUUCUUUUUGGCUGAGGAUGGCCAUGUUUUGUACCUGCGGCUUCCUACUUCCUGUCAGACUUGGAAUUAAAAGCAGACACAUUUGGGUUAAAAUGUUUGGAAUGAAAAAAGUGACUUGAAUACUUUCUGUGUGCUGAAGCUCACUCGACACUCAUACUAUAAUUCAAAAAAGGAUCACAUUAGAUGAAAAAAGACAAACUUAAGACUGCCUUUAAAGCUGUCUCUCAGAGGAAACAAAGCUUUCAUUUGACAGCUACUUAAACUUUAUUUUCUGAUGUGAAAUGCCCAGUUUUUCUUACCUUGUGAGACUGAAAUCAUCCACUGUGUUCUUUAGACUCAUCAACAGACCAUUUUCACCAUCAUCGAUGUCUUUGGCAGCAGUUUUAGCAGCACAGUUGUGCUCCGGAGCAGCUGUUUAAUGAUUUGGAUGUCUGUACAAACUGAGUAGUUGUUAUGAAGGGCAUUACUACUUAUUCCCAGCCAAUGCAUUUUAAUUCUAUCAAACAGAGUUUCUGGCUUCAUUGAUUUUUGUUUAAACUGUGAAAAAAUAAUGACUCACUGGCCAUGCAUCAGGUACUCUGUAGCAACGCAGAAGAGAACUAUUCCUGAAUGAAUAAGCAGUGGUUUGAUUGGCUUGUCUUACAGUAUAUGUUGCUUGUUUUAAAGAACCAGAAAAAAGUGUUGCAUGUUUGUUUUCUUUUUUUUCAUAUGCGGCUUGUUGACCAAAGGGGCCACGGGUUUAACUGACUAGGAACCAGCUAUUAUUCUCUGUUCACAGUGUAUCCUUAAACCGGGGAGCUGAUCUGAGACCAGGUUGCCUCUUAAGUCACAGUGAAGACAUUGGUACUAUGACCUGACCAGUGAUCCUGGAUCAGAGCCCCGUUGCUCUCAGGAAAAAAGGCGCAACACUGUAGCUUUUGUUGCCUUUUGUCAAGAGAUGCAUUAUUGUACCUGUUUAAGUGUUUUCUCGGAAGCAUCGUGAAUCCAGAUUGUCAUUACCCCGGGAAUGACAUCACUUCAGCAGCAGUGGGCAGAAUAUAAACAUGCAGUAUAACCUGGUAGGAUUACCUUUUACAUGCAGCUGAUAACGAGGGGGGAUAUCAUCCUCACCAUACACUUUUAAUUUCAUAAUGAACAAGAAUGAAUGAAAUAUAAAAAAAUAAAAAAAGGGAAAUGCAUCUCCCUUUAAUCUCUGCUUCAACCAUCAUUUUUGCACUCCUUUAAACUGAAACUGGGACUGAGAUUAUUUAAACCAUAUUACAAAACUUUUUAAGAAAGUAUUACCUUCAGCAGGAAUGGGUACUCAAAUAAAAUAGAAUCUUUAUCGUAAAAUUGUGUUGACAAUCAGGUUGGUCAGAGAUGCCGGUUAAAUGACCCCGAUCCAAAAUCAUGGAAGCAGGAGGAGCAGUUACAGGUCGUGAAACUGUAGUUUUCUCUCUGCUGUAGAUUUGACUGAAUCAUUAUAAAGAAAUAUAAGACUAAGCAUGCAGCAGGGUUUGAAGGAGGCUUUAAAAAGUUGAGGCAAUGCCAAGAUCACCUGGACCUUAAGGGUUCAUGUUGCACUCAAAUUUUGUACAAUUUUUGUGACCAAAUGAUGUCAUGAUGCAAACCUGUAAGCACAUUCUGAUUAUUUUUUUUUAUCAGUUUCUGUUAGUGGACAGUUGGCCUGCCUGCAGUCUUCACACUGUACACCGCCAGAGGAACUACAGUCACAGAUCAAAUCAUUAUUUUUAAUGCCUGUAGCUUCUCCCUCUUGUUUACUAUGGAUGCAGCUUUAUGCACCACAUGAAUGUGGGUUACGGAGGGUUAUGAAUAGCCCUUUGUUAUGAGUUGUCUGUGGUCAUAUUUGUAGCAACUCCUGCAUGGGUGACUCUUUUUGUCACAUGCAAUGAUGCAUCUAGAAGGUGCCUGCCUUACAGUUUUGCAUGGCUAAUCCAAAAGCAUCGUUUCAGCAACUCUGUUCCACAUGUUUAUUUUUGUGUAUGUUUUUACAAAGGAAAGACACAAUGAAAAGAGGGUUUGUGGGCUGGUUUGCACAAUCCAUAAAACAUCUAAACCCUCUGUUUGCCAGAUUUGAGCACUUCAUUUUAUUUCUGGCCAGACUCUAAGAACAUGCAUAUGAUUUUUUUUUUUCUUCUGUGAUGUCAUGAAAGAAAAGCUGUGACACAAGGGUUAAAACAGUCAAAUCAAUACUCAUGCUGCAUGUAUAACACCAAAUGAAAGGCCAUCCAGAUGACCGUUUUUUCUGUAAUGAACUGUUACUUAAUCAGGCAUGAAUGUUAUGCUAUUGGAAUGCACAACUUAAAUCUGAGCCUCUGAUUCUUUCUGUACCUUGUCAGUGGAACUCAAUAAAUGGCAGUAUGGCACUUG